UCAGUCGAGCGCGCAACAUCUAAUCACAUUGUACCAGUUACAAUCCCACCGAAACGGUUGUGAGAAUCUGCACUAGUGGAAGUGUUAAUAAGAGGACAAAGAACUCAAUCUCGGAGACAGCAUAAAACUAGAACGAUGAGAGCGUUCAUAUCGCUUGGCCUGUUGAUAUUCGUGCUCGCACAGUGCGCCCUGGCCGUGCCGCUUCCGCAAUUUCUUACGUUCCGCGAUGGAAAGUUUGGAGUCAACUUUGGCGGAUACCACGCGGAGGCCGGUCUUGGCGGUUUCCUGACGGGCAACUCAGCCCACGGUGGCCUCUCUGCGUCGGCCGGAACUCCCCAUGGACAGCAGGCCGGAGCCGGACUCGGUGGAAUCGUCGGAGGCAACGCACGGACCGCUGGAGGCGCUUAUGCUGGGGCCACGGCCGGAAGUGGCGUUGGUGCCAGUGCUGCGAUUGGAGGAGGACUCGAUGGAGCCGGUGGAGCUGGCGGCGUUGGCGCUGAAUCUCACGCCGGAGGUCUGAGCACGAAGGUAGUUAAGCUGGGCCAGACCAACGCAGGAGCACCACCGACCGAGGUAUGCUAUUGGCGCACGGCGGUCAGUGGCGACAUACUGACGCGAUUUGUUCUACAGGUUGUCAUUUCCAAACAGCAUGGACACGAGGCAACCUUCACAAGGAUCGAUAACCACGAUUACUCGAAGGAACUGCACACCGAACUGGUGGCUCCGGCCCCACAUCCGGCGCCAGAGCAAAGCUUCACAAAGACUAAAACCUUUUACAAGAAGAAAGUUAUCGGCCAUCCGCACAAGGUUGCGGUAGUGCAGACCUCUUCGUUUGAUGGCGGACCAUCCCCGGGCUUGGACAUUAGUCGUUUCUUCGACUUCCAAGCGUUCUCCAACUUGGGCGCCCAAUACGCUCACCCGCCCCCACCGCCUCCGCCGCCACCGGCACCGAUCGUACACCACCAUAAGACCAUUGUGAAAGAGUCGUCCUUUCAACCCACCUUCCAAAAAGAGAUCCACACUCGGCUAGAAUCCUCUAAUGGUCACAGCGCCGGUGGAAGCAGCAGCACUCACGUGGUCGCCAGCUCCACUCACAACUCCAACUUCUGGAACGAUAUUUUCAACAUUCCGAUCUCUACGCUGUCGGCCGUUAACCAGUUCCUGAACAACAAAUCCGGAAGCGGAAGCGUUCACGUCGAGAAGCGCGUUGAAGUCCACUAAUGCGCUCCUUUUAUGCAUCAUAAGAACAUUCUUUCACCACGUGAGGGUCACUGGCGGAUAGUGGAUUAAGACGGUCGUUUCUAAAUGGAUUCUGCCGAUUUGUAACGCACAAUAAAAAGUACAUA